AUGGUCGCGUCGCAUAGGUGUCGCAUGGUAGCAUCACAACGAAGGCAGAGCAGAGCGCACAAGGGCGCGGGCAGCAGCAGGGCGCACGAGGGCGCGGGCAGCAGCAGAGCGCACGAGGGCGCAGGCAGAGCAGAGCGCACAAGGGCGCGGGCAGCAACGGGCGGCAACGGGCAGCACAGGCACGGGCAGCAACGGGCGGCAACAGGCAGCACAGGCACGGGCAGCAACGGGCGGCAACAGGCAGCACAGGCACGGGCAGCACAGGCACGGGCAGCAACGGGCGGCAACAGGCAGCACAGGCACGGGCAGCAACGGGCAGCACAGGCACGGGCAGCAACGAGCGGCAACGGGCAGCACAGGCACGGGCAGCAACGGGCGGCAACAGGCAGCACAGGCACGGGCAGCAACAGGCAGCAACAGGCAGCACAGGCACAGGCAGCAACAGGCAGCAACGGGCAGCACAGGCACGGGCAGCAACAGGCGGCAACAGGCGGCAACGGGCAGCACAGGCACGGGCAGCAACGGGCGGCAACGGGCAGCACAGGCACGGGCAGCAACGGGCGGCAACAGGCAGCACAGGCACGGGUAGCAACGGGCAGCACAAGCACGGGCAGCAACGGGCGGCAACGGGCAGCGCAGGCACGGGCAGCAACAGGCGGCAACGGGCAGCACAGGCACGGGCAGCAACGGGCGGCAACGGGCAGCACAUGCACGGGCAGCAACGGGCGGCAACAGGCAGCACAGGCACGGGCAGCAACGGGCAGCACAGGCACGGGCAGCAACGGGCGGCAACGGGCAGCACAGGCACGGGCAACAACGGGCGGCAACAGGCAGCACAGGCACGGGCAGCAACAGGCAGCAACAGGCAGCAACAGGCAGCACACGCACAGGCAGCAACGGGCGGCAACACGCAGCACAGGCACGUGCAGCAACGGGCAGCAACAGGCAGCACAGGCACAGGCAGCAACAGGCAGCAACGGGCAGCACAGGCACAGGCAACAAUAG